GGUGACGUUUGACAGUACAAAUAAUUCAAGCAAACUGUUUUUUACAUUUUAGUUUAUAAGAGCAAAUGAGUGAACAUGGACACAGCUGGAAAGGUUAUAAAAUGCAAGGCUGCUGUUACAUGGGAACCACAGAAACCUCUUUCUAUUGAAGAAAUUGAAGUUGAUCCUCCAGGACCACAUGAAGUUCGUAUUCAGAUUGUAGCCUCUGGAGUGUGCCGCUCUGACAGUUAUUACUUGAGUGGUAAAGACCCUAAAAUACAAUAUCCAAUUAUCCUGGGCCAUGAAGGAGCUGGAAUUGUUGAGAGUGUAGGAGAAGGCGUCACCUCAGUUAAACCAGGAGACAAGGUUAUUCCACUUUGGAUGCCGCAGUGUAGUAAAUGUGAAAGCUGCCUCUCUCCUGAAACAAACCUUUGUACAAAGAAUUUGUUGCCUUUUAAGAAAGGCUUUGCUCCUGAAGCUGUUUCCAAAUUUAGAUGCAAAGGGAAGCAACUUCACCAGUUUGUUGGCAUAAGCACCUUUUCUCAGUAUACCAUCGUGGCCGACUAUGCUGUUGCUAAAAUCAGUGAUGCUGCUCCCCUGAACAAAGUCUGCCUCAUUGGCUGCUGUAUUGCCACUGGCUAUGGCGCUUCCCUUAACACAGCCAAGGUUAAGCCAGGAUCGACUUGUGCCAUUUUUGGCUUAGGAGGAGUUGGACUUGCAGCUGUUAUGGGCUGUAAAGUGGCAGGGGCAUCACACAUUUUUGCCAUUGAUAUUGAAGAAAGCAAGUUUAAAAUUGCUAAGGAGCUUGGUGCUACCAAAUGCCUCAACCCGCUGAGGUUUCAGAAGCCCAUUCAUGAAGUCCUGCUGGAAUUAACUGAUGGUGGUGUUGACUGCACUAUAGAAUGCAUUGGCAAUGUGGAAAUAAUGUUGUCCGCUGUGCAAGCCUGCAGAGAAGGAUGCGGAACUGCUGUAAUCAUUGGUCUGGCAGCUCCAGAACAAACAAUUGCCCUGCCACCAAUUGCUACCUUACUUGGCUGUACUAUAAAAGGGUCACUUUUUGGAGCCUCCGAACUGUUGUGCUGUUGUAAAACCCUAAAAGCAAAGGAUUUCGAAUGGCAUAAUGUUGUUAUCAAAGGAGAAACAUAA